UUCCUUUUAAAAUUUUUUGGAUACUCUUUCUUAAGUCUUAAGCCAAAAACCAAUUGGCACAAGCGAAAAAACACCAUAAACAUAACGAGUUUCAUUCAAGGUUCUCCAAUUUGAGUCUUUGAGCCUGAUGACCUCCUUUGUUUCCCCUAUAGCCCUAUAUUCCUAAUUAGACAACUUUUUUUUUUCACGUCCGUAUUGUUCACUUCAAGCUCCGGAAACUUUUCAAAGAAAACGGUUAUUUUAUUUUAUUUUUUUUGUUUGUUGGGUUCCUUGGAUUUUGAUGGCUACCAAUAAUUGGAGGCCUCCUCAAGUUAGAGAGCCCUCCAUGGAUGCAGGCAAUUGGGGGAGUCAACUGCAGCUAGAGUCAAGGCCAAGUAUUGUCAACAUGAUAAUGGAUGCAUUGAAGAGGCAUUUCCCCUGCUCUGGUCAAGAGAGCUCACCGGAGCUCAAGAAAAUUGCUGUAAGGUUUGAGGAAAUGAUUUAUACUGCUGCCACAAGCGAGUCGGAUUAUUUUGAGAAAAUUGCUCUGAAGAUAUACUCACUGGAGACCAGAUCUCAGAAUGCAAUAGAAAAUUCUUCACCAAUUAACUCUGCUGGUAAUAUCAACAGGCCCCCUGAUCCAGAUUCCGCAGCCCAGACUGGACAUGCAACUAGGGGUGAUUGGCAAGAGGUGGUCUAUCAAAAAGCAAACAUGAAUUCCAUUCAGUCAAAUUCUGGUAUGCUUCAACACCAGCAUAUAAAACAACAGCAGGAGCAGGAAAUCAAUUAUGUAAAUGAGUUAAAGAUGAGACGAGCUGCAGGCCAGUGUGCUUUUUCCCAUCAGCAAUUGAAAUCAGGAUCUCCAUUUCCUAUUUCAUCAACAACCCAAUUCCUUCAGGCUGCAUCCCCUAAAAUUUCGCGACAUUCUUCACCCCAAAAUGACCAGCAGAAUCUACUGGCUCACACAAAAGCUGGAACCUCUAGUUCCCCAUUUGUCAUCCCAUCUCCUUCAACUCCGAUGGCUCCAUCCUCUGUGCCAGGGGAUUCUGAGAAACCCUCCUCACUUGCAAAUGCUGGGAAGAUUGGGCAGCUACAAGCAACUGUUGUCGGAUCACAGAUCCAGUCCCUUGCCAUUGGCACCCCUGGGAUAUCAGCCUCUCCUUUGCUUGCUGAAUUUAGUGUACCAGACGGUACUCAUGUUAAUGCUUUGUCAACUAUUUCUGGCAAGUCAAAUGUUACAGAGCAGCCUCUUGAACGGUUGAUUAAAGCGGUGAAAUCGAUGUCUUCAAAUGCAUUGAGUGCCUCAGUCAGUGACAUUGGCUCAGUAGUGAGUAUGAGUAGGAUAGCAGGGUCAGCACCAGGCAAGGGAUCGAGAGAUGCAGUUGGUGAGGAUUUGAUUACCAUGACAAAGUGUUGUCUUCAAGGAAGGAAUGUUUUGACUCGUGAUGGAACAAAUGGGUCUAGGAAAAUAAGGCGCUUCACUAGUGCCGUGCCCUUAAAUGUUGUGCCAUCAGCUGGCAAUGAUUGUUUCAGGCAGUUGGCCAGUUCAGAGACAUCUGACCUGGAGUCAACUGUAACAUCUCGUAUCAAGAGACCUAGGAUUGAGGCUAAUCAUGCUCUUUUGGAAGAAAUAAGAGAAAUAAGGCAGCGGUUGAUCAACACAGUUGUUGAUAUCAGUGAUCAAGAUGAUGACCCUAGUGCACCUGCUGCUGAUGGGGGUAAAGGAACCAUUUUCAAGUGCUUUUUUGAUGCCGUGGCUUUCGGUCUGGACUUGAAAUCGCAGUAUGCUUCAGCACAGAUGUCACCAAUUCAUCCAUUAAGACUGCUUGUUCCCAGCAAUUAUCCCAACUGCUCUCCAAUACUCUUGGACAAGUUUCCAGUUGAAGUCAGUAAGGAGUAUGAAGAUCUUUCUGUGAAAGCAAAGUCAAAGUUUAGCAUAUCUCUACGAAGUAUUUCUGAACCCAUGUCCCUUGGGGAGAUAGCAAGGACCUGGGAUGUUUGUGCAUGUGCAGUUAUUUCCGAGCAUGCGCAGCAGAGUGGUGGAGGCAGUUUUAGCUCAAGGUAUGGGACAUGGGAGAACUGCUUGAGUGCUGCUUGAUCAUCUCCCUUCAGACCGGAAAAAGUUAGUCCAAGGGUCGUUAUAUAAACCGUGAUGCAUAGUUUUUCUACCGCUUUUUAGCUGCAACGAUGAAGCAGGUUUAGGAUAGUCUGCAUGUAUAGGAGGAAUUUGUGAUGUUUUGUAUAUGGUCAGAUUUUCCGAAGUGAAUAAUCUUGGGAUAGUUCUUGUUGGAUUUUUCCUAGGUAACUUCUGUGUGUUGUAGUUUGGAUACUGUAAAUCAUCUGUGAUCUGUCUGUAUGUUUUCGUUGGGUUAUGCCGCAUUAUGCACUAUUCUGCUACGUCUGCUUGUAACAAAAUUGUAUCAAUAUUCUGCCUUCUGCAGGACUCGUGUCAUGACCGCCUCCAGCAGUAAUAAUGUGUGAACUGUCACAAUGUGAAGCGGUUCGUUAAUUUGUUUUUCCCCCCUUUUAAGGGAGAGAAUGGGGAUAUUGAUUGUUUAUGUAAAAAAAUGGAGAUAUGAAUCUUCUCGGUUUUUUGUUGUUCUUAUUUAAA